AUGACUCAGAUUGGGGACGAGGCGUUGAUGGCUUUGUUUGGGGCCGCCUAUACCGCCGUUGCUACUGGGAUGCCGUUCACUCACUACGAGAAGCUAUGCGAGCUCCUAGUGUUUGCCAACGCCCCUAACAUCACCACCAAGUACGACGAUCCUCGUGCGUUGGGGAGGUUCACAGCUUGUAUCCACGACUACUACCAAGGCGAGCAGACCAAGCGUCUCAAGAACGCAACGUUCAUUGGCAUCCAGAUGGACGAGUCUACGUGUAUUGCUGGCGAGUCCCACGCCGCCAUCUGUGUCAUCUACGAUGAGCCUUCUACUGGCACCAUCUUCGAAGAGUACUUUGGGCUUGUGAAGCUGUCGGGCUGGACAGGCCGCGACCUGUACGACGCCUGCUCUGGGGAGUUCAGGCGGCGGGGUGUGGACCUGGAGAAGAAGCUCGCGUCGUUUUCUGGGGAUGGCUGCUCUGCCGUUGCCUCGGAGAAGAAGGGUGUUUUUGGAUUCUUUCGCAAGGAAGUCAACAGCGCUUGUUAUGGCGUUCACUGCGCCAGUCACCGCCUUGCUUUGUGUGUUAAGGACGCCGGCACCAAGCGCAGCAGCCCAAAGAUGCUACGUGACGCGGUUGCAGCCGUCGACACUGUUAUCCGUGCAGCACACAAGGUCUUCUCGAAAUCACCCGAGCGCUGGCUCAACUACCUGGCUGUCCGCGAGGUCAUCGGUGCUCUUACGCCUGCUAGGACACUGAAGGUGUUCAAUGCCACCAGGUGGAGCGGUCGCUUCAAGUGCAUUGAAGACCUUCUCUCUCAGCUUCCGGAGUUCCUUUCUUUCCUUUGCCCUGCCUCCACCACCCCACCGCCGCCUCCUCGCCCUGCCGCCGCCCCAACGCCGCCACCUCUUCGACCCGCCACCGCCCUGCCGCCGCCUCCUCGCCCUGCAGUUCCCCAGCCGGCGGGUCAGCCCCCCGCCGUCCCCGCCGGCAUUUUAUCAUCACCUGAGCUUGCAGAGUACUACGAGGCCCUACUGCAUGCGUCUCCAGCUGUCCGCGUGAUCCUACUUCAGCAGCUUGGUAGCCAGGAAAGCGUCGACGCCAUCCUAAAGGGUCUUUCGACCAUGUUCCAGAUCGCGUGUGCUGGACUGGGCGUUCCAGACAACGUCAGGGUGCAGAUAGUUAACCGUCAGCCCUUGCAGGAGUCGUUAAAAGCCCAAGUCAGCAUCAUCGACCUUAACAUCCGCCGUACAUUAUCUCAGCUAGCUCAGGCACAGCAGGCAACUCUACCACAGCCUCCCCCACCACCUCCGCCACCGCCCCCUCCCGCCGCGCCUCCCCCUAUGUACAGUUCUGCGUACGCAACAGCUGACGAUAGUGACAGUGACUACGACCCGUCUGACACCGAGUCUGUCGUGUCCAGUGAGUGUGACGAUGAUGGCGUUGAUGUGGAUCCAUCGUGUGGCGGCAAGCCUGCUGACGAAGCUGCUAAGUUUGCUUCCCUUCACGAGAAGCUGACUGACUUCACUACGCUUGCCUUCACUCACUUUUUGGCUGAUGUCCUGGGAACGACGGAUGCCAUGUUCAAGCUCAUGCAGGCUUCUGAGUUCAAGUUCAGCGAUGUGCCGGGGUGUGUUGAGGGCACCAAGAAUGCAUUGCAUGCGUGCUACGUAGCUGUUGAGCCAGGAGAGUACCUCACCCUUGCACUGUCAGCGUUCUUUGCCGAGAUGAAGGCAACGGGGUUCGGGUCGUACAAGGGUCACGCAAUCCACAAUGUGCCCGCUCAUCCUGAGGCCGAGGUGCACAAGCUGGUCUCUAAGUAUGCCGCAAAUCUCAUUCGCCAUGUCAAUGAGCGGUUUCCUGAUACCAGGUUCAUCAGUGCUUUGGCCCUAUUUGAUCCCCUGGAGUAUCCCGAUGUUGACCAGCCCAGCCUGGUCAAAUGGGGCAUUGAGAAGCUAAAUGUUAUCCAUGAGUAUUUCACAUCUCGCAGUGAGGCUAAGGUGCACACACACGAGUGCCAUCCGGUCAUUUCCUUCGGGCAGGCUAAGGCGGAGUUGGUGGGUUUCCUUGUGAGCAUGCAGGGAAUGAAGGAAGAGGCGUCAAAGGCUCACGCUGCCUACGUGCAGUAUUUCGCGGAGGAGAGGGCUGUGCUAAGCCAGCUGCUUGAUGAUGCCUCGCUGGGGUACGAAGCGGCCCAUGAAGUGGCGCAGAAGGUUUCUAGGAACCGUGCACGGCCGCAGCACCAUCUAGAUGUGGUGAUUCAGAAAUUGUGGGGGCUCCGGCGGAAUGUCCCUCAGUUGUACAGGCUGGCGCUGUUUGUGGCGAUGAUUAAGCCCACCACUGUCAACUGUGAGCGGGUGUUCUCAAUGUGCACGGUCCUGAAGACCGAACUGCACACCAGGCACUCGGUCACUAGCCUGGAUCAGAGCCUGUUCAUUAAGCUCAAUACCUCUGGUAGCGUGAUGAAGGAGCACGAGGCUCUCGCAAAGGCAGUGAUCGCGUACCAUAGCGGCACCAAGAUACACCUCUACCAGUCCAUUGCGGCACAGGUAGAGAACAUCAACCGUGACCCACGGGUGUCGCACAUGUUGGUGCACUGA